GGCGUGGGCGGGGCCAUGGGCGUGACUCGACACUCGGGGGUGGGGAGAGGCGAUGUCUGGCGCACAGGGAGGCGGGACCUGAGCGCCCUGGGCGGGGCCGAAGGCGUGGUCCAGCGCCGGGGGCGGGGCCGCUCGGAGCACGUGAUGGCGGUUGCCGGGGUGAAAGGUCAGGCGAGCCCAGGCACUCCCAACAUGGCGGCUGCCGGGGUUGUAGGGGCGGGGGUGGCAGAGAGCAGCCUGGAACCCCCGGCGGGAACGGCGGCCCGAGCCCGGCGGCCGCCCUCGGGUCCGCCAGCGCGGCUGCCCCCGCUGCUCGUGCUGCUGGCGGCGGCGGCCGGGCCGGGCGCGGGCGGCGCGGCGCGUCUGUACCGCGCGGGCGAGGACGCCGUGUGGGUGCUGGACAGCGGCAGCGUGCGCGGGGCCACGGCCAACAGCUCGGCCGCGUGGCUGGUGCAGUUCUACUCGUCGUGGUGCGGCCACUGCAUCGGCUACGCGCCCACCUGGCGGGCCCUGGCCAGGGACGUGCAAGACUGGGCCGCCGCCAUCCGCGUCGCCGCCCUGGACUGCGCGGAGGACAGCAACCGCGAGGUGUGCCAGGCCUACGACGUCCACUACUACCCCACCUUCCGGUACUUCAGGGCCUUCACGCGGGACUUCACGGCGGGAGAGAACUUCAAAGGGCCCGACCGAGAGCUGCAGACGGUGAGACAGGCCAUGGUCGACUUCCUGCAGAACCACACAGACGCCAACUGGCCGCCUGCCUGCCCGGCGCUGGACCCGAUCCGGCCCGGUGACGUGCUCUCCCUCAUCGACAGGCGUGACGGCCACUGCGUGGCGAUCAUGCUCGAGAGCGGCGGCUCGUACGUCGGACGUGAGGUGAUGCUGGACCUGAUUCCCUACGAGAACAUCGCCGUGAAGCGAGUGCUGGACGCCGACCAGGCCUUUCUGGAGAAGCUCGGCGUCUCUUCCCUUCCGUCCUGUUACCUGAUUCACCCCAACGGGUCCCACGGGCUGAUUGACGUCGCGAAGCCCCUCCGGUCAUUUUUCUCCUCUUACCUGAAGUCGCUGCCCCACGUGAGGAAAAAGUCGCUCUUGCUGCCCGGAAAGCCGAGCGCGGAAGAGAAGGCCGAGGCCAUGGAGUGGAGGGAGUUUGACAGGUCGAAGCUGUACACGGCGGACCUGGAGUCGGGGCUGCACUGCCUCCUGCGGGUGGAGCUGGCCGCCCGCAGCGCCCUGGCCGGGGCCGAGCUGAGGACGCUCACCGACUUCAUCACCGUCGUCGCCAAGCUGUUCCCUGGCCGGCCGCCCGUCCGGAGGCUGCUGGAGAUGCUGCAGGAGUGGCUGGCCAGCCUGCCCCUGGACAGGAUCCCCUACAACGCCGUGCUGGACCUGGUGGACAACAAGAUGCGGAUUUCUGGAAUAUUCCUGACCAACCAGAUAAGGUGGGUGGGAUGUCAAGGAAGCCGACCGGAGUUGAGGGGCUACUCGUGCUCCCUCUGGAAGUUGUUCCACACUCUGACCGUCCAGGCCGGGGCCCGCCCAGACGCGCUGGACGGCACAGGUUUGGAAGGCGACCCCCAGGCCGUGCUGCAGGCCAUCAGGAGGUACGUGCGCACCUUCUUCGGGUGCAAGGCGUGCGGGGAGCACUUCGAGCAGAUGGCCCAGGAGUCCCUGGGCUCCGUGAAGACCUCGGACCAGGCCAUCCUCUGGCUCUGGGAGAAGCACAACCUCGUCAACAGCCGCCUGGCAGGCCACCCGAGCGAGGACCCCAGGUUCCCGAAGGCCCCGUGGCCGACUCCGGACCUCUGCCCGGCCUGCCACGAGGAGACGCGGGGCCUGGACAGCUGGAACGAGGACCAGGUGCUCCUGUUCCUGAAGCGGCACUACGGCAGCAGCAACCUCGUCCACACGCACGCGGCGGCCCUGGGCGGCGAGGGCGAGGCUGCGGGGCAGGGGCCCGGCCACGCGGACCCCGGGGCCCAGAGCCUGCAGGGCCCCCGAGCGCCGCCCCCGACACCUGGCCUGUCAGAGCGGGCGCGCCCGGGAGGGGCGGGGGCCGCGGGCCGCCAGGAGGCGGAGGCGGCGGCACCAUUCCUGGGGAUGGGCUUCUCCAGCCUGGACAUGAGCCUCUGCGUCCUGCUGUACGUGGCCUCCUCCCUGUUCCUGAUGCUGCUGUUCUUCUUCUUCCGCGUGCGGGCCAGGCGCUGGAAGGUCCGGCACCACCACCCGGGGGUGUAGCCGCACAGGGCCAGAGCGCCUGUGGACGCAGCCCCAUGCCCGCAGUGUCGACGGCUCUGAUCAGGGAUGCGGACCUGAGCCGCGCCUGCCCUCGCGCCCCAAGGCAGCCCUGCGCUGGGGCGGGGCGGGGCGUCUGCGCUCCUGGCGCCCUCGGCGGCUGCCUCGGACAGAAGACGGCAAAACGGCGUCUGUGCUGUCACUCUUCUAGGCCUGGACACGGGCGGGUGUCCCUUGCGUGGCGCCCUCGCUCGCCUCGAGUUUACUAGACUCCGAGUCCGUCUGUCCUGCAAGGCCUUGUUCUGGGACUGGGAGAAGACCCUGCCCGCUCCUGCCGUGGAGACCGGGGGCCGCCGCAGAGCCGCGCGGAGUCGGUGCUCGGCUGCGGAAGCGCCCCCCGCCUGGUGGGCGGCCUGUGCGUGGGAGGAGGGCGGUGGCCCGGCUCCUUCCUCUAGGACAGUGCCUUCGCCCUUCCCUGUGUCACUCUGGUGACGAGAGAGCCCGUUGAGGGAGGGCCACCCCGGCCUGCCUGCUGUCCCUGGGCAGUACCCGUCACCACCCGGGUCGUCCAGCCCCUGCAGGUCCGCGGAGGACCUGAGCCCAGCGAGCUGGCCACCCACGCGCUCGCUGAAGCCCCCAGGCAGCACUGCGCUCGCCUAAAGCGGUUUUCACAAAAGGGGCGGCACAAGGCCUGUCCCCGGGUUUGGGUGGCUGAUUGCUUGCCAUUUGCCGAUUUUAGCACAUUAUUUGUAAAACCCAAAACCUUCGGAGGU